CACUUUAUAUAACAUUAUAAAUGACAUUAUAAACAUUAUUAACAAUUUUACAUGUACAUGACCUGACCACAUGUGACAGGAAGGGUCCCUGGAGGGCUCUACCAUAGAAAUACUGAUUCGACUAGUAACCCCAGGCACUAACACUCUCUUGCUAUUAGCCACAUCCACCUGACCCAAGGAGACACCUGUAACUUAGUACAUGUUCCCCAACAAACUUCUGUGGCCCAGAACCACCACCAGGAGGCCUAUUCCAGCUGUAGCAUAAACAGCUGGCAAAACUGCUUCUCUAUUUAUUCACCCUGCUCCUUAUAUGCUGGAACUAACAACUACCUCCAAGGACCCUUUCACCUGCUGAACCAGAACAACCAACCCAACUCCUAAAGGAAAGAUGGGCAGGACCUUCUUCCCUAACUGUCUCCCGCCAUCUGAAAGCUCCUCCCCUUUUUCCCGCCAUAAAUCACCCUUUCACUCUCCGCCUUGUAAUCCUUAACCCUUGCUAUACCUUGACUGCACCUGCCCGCCAAAACCUCUUAAAGUGGUAGUAACCUCCAAAUCCCCUAACAGUCAACCUCCACCUAAUGAACCCAACCAUAAAUCCUGAUUCCCAAAAUAAUAAAGGAGAAGGGAGAUGGAGCAAGUAAACCCCCCUGUCAAGCCACUACUCCACUCUACUUUCCCCAUCACUCCGUUUGAUCCUAUUAUCCUGCUGGAAGUAGCCAUCAUGAUAGGUCCUCUGUGGUCAUAAAGGGAUGGAGCUGAUUAGCAACAAUAUUCAGUUUCAGAUUGUGAAAUCCAGGCACCAUGGCGUCUGACUCCGGAGCAUCGAGGACUAUUAAUCAACUGAGGUCGGAAUUAAUAGAGGCUUUGGAAGAAGACGUAGAUGGUUUUUUGGAUGAAAUUGACUCUCUGCACCUCAUCUCCCUGGAGGAAUACAUCGAUGUCCAGUAUGAUGAAAACCCAAGGGUCAGGGCUGAGAAGCUAAUGGACCUCAUACUUCUAAAGGGGGAAUCGGCCUGUGAGAAAUUCCUCAAUCACAUAGAGAACAUGGCUCUCCGAUUUCCAGCAUUGCCCAGUUUGUCUCCGUCCUUUAUGAAAUGUAAACCCAGAAAGUUUCAGGAACUGGUGGAACAGCUGAAUGUGAAAAUGCUCUUGACUACAAAGCUGUCUCUGAGAGAUGUUUUAAGUAUUGGAAAAGAGAACAACAAUGUUCAACCACAACGUUUUGAGGACAUCAUGUGGUAUUUCUUAAGGAAGCUAAUGGCUUUAAACCAAACAGCGCGAAAUAUUCAACUGCAACAGGAUAAUUCUACUCAGGAACCAAAUGAUGAAGAUGAUGAGGACUAUGAUGAUUUGUUUGAUGACUCUGAAAUAAAGCAUCAGUCAGGUCCUAUCAACCCAUUGGAUAUUAUUUGUGUUCUUCUUCAUUGUUCAGACAGCUUUCUGCAGCAAGAAAUUGUAACAAAAAUGUCUGUGUGUCAGUUUGCUGUUCCUUUGUUGCUUCCUCUUGGUGAUGGUUCAGGCUGCACUUUUAUGCUUUGGGCAAUGAGAGACAUUGUGAAGAAAUGGAGACCUCAGUCUCUAGCAGACAGUAAAGGGUUCAGAGAAGACAAUGUGGUGAAUAUUGAAAUGCCGAUCUUCUCUUUCUUUAGGUUGGGGCCAAAUAAAUUAUCUAAAUCUAAACUACUAAACCAGGUUCUUAACCCAACUCAGCAACAUCAUGACUUCUUCAUACAUGACAACAUGGAAGGAGGGAACAUUGAAAGGAAGAUAUCUGAUGGGCUGGUGGAAAUGUCCUGGUACUUUCCUUGUGGGAAUUCUGAUGUUUUCUCAGAACCAAUUGCUGUGGCCAACCUACGAGGAGACCUGGAGUCUAACUGGGAUCAGUUCACAUUUCUCACUCGCAUCUCAUCGGCCAUCUUUAUAUUUAUUGAGAGUAUGAGUGAGAGACAACUCCGAUUAUUAUCAUCCUGCGAUCCCAAUGAUACCAAGUUUUAUUUUGUUGUCAGUCCAGGUAAAGACAAGGCUGUUGACUCAAAGACAAAGACACACCUUAAACACCUAAUGCCAAGGUUACACGCUACUGCAAAGCACAUUAUAGCAAAGGGAAGCAAUGCCAAUGAUGCAGAAUUUGUGAAACGGAUACAGAAGAUCAUUGAAAAAUUGUUGGAUGCAGAUCCGCCAAUUUCAUCUCUAGAAAGUCUGAGAAACCACAGAUAUUGGUUUAAUAUUGAUGUAGAUGAGAACUUUCCGGAAUGUCAAAAAGCAAGAGCAUACGCGUGUAACAUCACUUCAGUCAUCAAAGAUGUUGAAGAAUAUAAAAGGGAGACACUAAAACUGCAGGGAGAACUAUGGAAACAACUGUCUAAAGUGGAAAAAGAACUAUGUAGAAUGACAAAACAAGGGGGAAAAGACACACAAACUUAUCAGUAUGAACUAAACCAGGAACGGAUCUCCCUACACAGGCAGCAAAAUGAACAUGACUUACCAAAUGGCAUAAUGUUAUUUAUCAAUGCUAUCACCCAUUUGUCUAAAACAGAGAAACGCUAUUUUUUAAAGUGGAUGAAAUUUGAACUUGAUUUAACUGCUCGAAAAAAUUUGUCCAAGUUGCAAGAGGAAUACAGGGAAAAAUCGAAAUCCAACAAUUCUGAUGAGCUUAAGAAGAUAGACCAGAAAAUAGCAGAUAGUUCCUUAGGGAUAGAACAUUUCCUGCGUGAGUUGGGACAGUUUUAUGAAGCUGAAUGUUCCAUGAUAAAAGAAGGAAUAAUUCCUGAACACAGGAAACAGUUCGGUGGACUUCCAGGAAUAGCUGCAGACUUACUUAUAGAUGGCUUUCCUCUGGAGCUGAUUGAUGGAGAUGCCUCUAAUAUCCCCAUGAAGUGGAUAACUGAUAUUCUGAAAGCGCUAAAUAUGAAACUUGGCCCAAUGUCUUGGGAGAGCCAGAAAGGGAUAACUGUGCUAGAUGAGAUGACAGCAGGACAAUGCAGGAUAAAAGUGAUAACUGUGCUGGGAGUGCAGAGUACUGGGAAGUCCACCCUUCUGAAUACCAUGUUUGGUCUACAGUUCCCUGUGGCAAGUGGACGAUGCACACGAGGAGCCUUCAUGACCCUUAUUAAAGUGGAGGAGAACUUUAAAGAGGAGAUUGGCUGUGAAUUUAUUCUGGUAAUUGACACUGAAGGGUUAAAAGCUCCUGAAUUGUCUUCACUUGAUGAUAGUUAUGAACAUGAUAAUGAAUUGGCCACAUUAGUGAUUGGGUUGAGUGACAUCACUAUAGUCAACAUGGCCAUGGAGAACACCACAGAGAUGAAAGAUAUUUUGCAGAUUGUGGUCCAUGCAUUUCUAAGGAUGAAAGAAGUUGGAAAGAAGCCCAACUGCCAGUUUGUCCAUCAGAAUGUGAGCGAUGUGUCCGCCCAUGAGAACAACAUGAGAGACAGGAAGAAACUUCUAGAACAACUAGAUAAAAUGACAAAAGUUGCAGCAGAAAUGGAAAAAAGAAGAGGAAUCACAACUUUCACUGACGUGAUGGACUAUGAUGUUGAGAAACACAAUUGGUACAUUCCCGGGCUGUGGCAUGGAGUUCCACCGAUGGCUCGAGUAAAUAUUGGUUACAGUGAAAAUGUCCACAAGCUAAAAGAGUAUCUGGUUGACUUCAUAAAAUCUCAAAAAUCACCUUCCACCAUCAAUGGAUUUAUUUCUUGGAUAGAAAGUUUGUGGAAAGCUGUGAAACACGAGAAAUUCAUCUUUAGUUUCAUGAACAUUCUGGUAGCUGAUGCGUAUAAUAAUUUGUCUGUGAAUUUCUCUAAUUGGGAAUGGGAAUUCCACAAAAAAGUGUAUAACUGGAUCAUGAGCACAGAAAACAAAAUAAAAAAUGAAUCAGCUGAGAGCCUGGAUAGACAAGCGCUGUCUGGGUACAGGGGGGAACUUCAACAGUUGCUGCUUCUGGAAGAAAAUAGCAUGCUGGGGCAUCUGGAAAAGCAUUUUGAGGAUAAGUUAGAAAAUGCUAAUCUUAUAGAAAGAUAUCGGGAGGAUUUUAAACAGAGUGUGAAAUUCUUAAAAAAUGAACUUGAAAGAAAUGCCCUUAGCAAAUGCCACGAGACAAUUUCUAUCCAAAAAGGGAAAUUUGAGAUUCAUAAAAUCCAGAAUCAGUAUCAACAACUAAUAGAGAAGAAAAUCUCUAAACUUCUGAACAGUGGUAAAAAGAAGAACCUACAAAUGAGCCAUCAAGAAGUAAAACAAGAGUUUGAAUCCAUGUGGGAGGAGACGCUAUCACAGUUACAGGUAGAGACUUUGCAGCGGAGAAAUGUCAGUGAAACGAUUUUACAGCAGUUAAAGAGUGACCUAAAAAGACAAGGACCUGUCAUAAGUGAGACACUGGUCCACAUAAAUAGCUUAGAACCUUAUGCAAAUCAAACCUUUGUUAUGAAUGACACACACAUUGAUCGUUCUCUUCUUUCAAAUAUAAAAAGCAUGUUUGGGAACAGGAAAGAACCCUAUGACAAGGUAGGAGAUCUUGCUACCUCCCUAAUAGAGAUGUGUAACAAAUAUGUAACAGAGAAGAUAAAUACAGCUGAAGACUAUGAUGAUGCCUACUGUCAGGAACUACUGCACAUGAUUAAUACAAAACUUCAGAGUACAACAAAAAAGCUUCACUUCUCACCAGAGUUUGAGUUGGACAUCAAGCUUUUUAUCUUUGCGAAGGCCUCACAAAGGUUUCAGAAGAUGCAUGAAACCUUUAUUCAAAAGAACGACCCGAAAACAUGUUUAGAGAACCUGAAACCUCAGUAUUUGUCAACAUUUGCCAAUAUACUUAUGGAAAAGGACAAGAGUUGGAGAAGAGCCAGACAGUUUUGUGAGCAAUGCCUAAAGCCAGCCGUUACGGAAUAUAUCUUCAAACAUCUGGGAGAAAAGAUGGUGGAUGACAUUUUACAUGGUCUUGAUAACAGGAUGUUCAGCAGCAGAACCUUUUUUCAGUGUAACUUAUUGACCCUUUUACUGGAGGAAAUGUCUUUUGAUAAAUAUGUACAAUACAUACACUCAUAUGAGUCAUUUUCAAAAACCUGGAUACUAAAUUAUGUCACGGAAAAAUAUCAAUCCACUGAAUUAUUAGCGCCAUUGUAUGAAAAUAUUCUUUCUUCCAUUUGUGUAAAAACUCUGAAUGUUCUUCAAGAUGAAUCUAGUCUUCAAAGUAAAAAUGUUUCAUUAUUUUUGGAAACUGUUUGUGACAAGUUGAACAGAGAAUUAGUGAUUUCAAAGCCAGAAAUCAAAGUCAUCACUUUCCAUAACAAAGCGAAGGUUGAGGAAUUCUCUUCUAAGGUUCAGGAUUUACUCACAGAAAUGAAAGAUCAAAUCCUAUCAGAGCUGAAGUCUAUGAGUGUCAACUCUGUACUUUCUAUGGUCACUAUGAAACCACAAGAGGAAUUGUUCAAGAAGGUGAUUGGAUGUGGACAUCAGUGUCCGUUCUGUAAAGUCCCAUGCGAAGCAGGAGGUGGUGAACAUAAGGAGCACUUUGCAUCUUUUCAUAGACCUAAAGGUUUGGGACAAUACAGAUGGAAAGACAGAGAAUGUUUAGUCACAGAUAUAUGCACCUCGUCUGUCGUCUCUGCAACUUGUUUUAGAAAUUCAGACACAAAAUGGGAACCUCAUCCAUACAAAGAGUAUCGCACUUAUUAUCCAGACUGGGCCAUCCAACCCGACCCCAGCAUUGAAUCAUCAGAUUACUGGAAACACAUUUUUGUCCAAUUUAAUGAAAAGUUUGCUGAAAAAUAUAAAGCCAAACCAGCUGAACUGCCAGAUGACUGGUACCUAAUCACAAACGUUCAGGCUCUUGAGAGUCUACAGAAGGUUUUCAAUGUGUCAUAUUGAUUUGAUACAUUGAAGGAAUUGGGUUCUAAUCUUCUUAGUAAUAAUUUCCAUCACUAUAUAAAUUGUUGUAAUCUAAAAAGUCAUAAUUGAAAAUCUCAUUAAUGUAAAACAAUUUAUGAAAUAUCCUUUCUAUACCAUAAUGUUGUAUUUCAGUCACUCCUCUAGUUUGAAUAUUUAGUAUUAAAUAUUGUAGUGUCUGAUAUUUACCUUUAUCUACCCCCACAAAAUUGUAAAGUGAUGCAGAAUUUGUUGGUUCUAUAUAAUAAGAACAACAACAAUACUACUACUACUAAUUAUAAUAAUAAGAAUAAUAUAUAUAUAUAUAUAUAUAUAUAUAUAUAGCAAACGAAAUAGGCGACAGCACUCUCAUACGAUGCAAAUAAGCGGUCUUUAUUCACAUAGGUGUGAUGGCGACGUUUCGGCUAGCUCACCUAGCCAUUAUCGAGCUCGAUACAUUAGCACACAAUCUAUCACUUUUCUUGACUUGGAGAUAAAAGUGAGUCCGGAUAAAACUAGGUUAAAUUGUAAUACUUAUAAAAAACCAACUACAAAAAACAGCUAUAUCGAUUAUACCAGUUGCCAUCUAUCUAGUUGGCUUACAAAUAUCCCUAAAGGACAGUUUCGUCGUUUAAAACGUAAUUGUACAUCCAAUAAUACUUUUUUGGAAGAAGCAGAAGAUAUGAUAUCUCUCUUCAAAGAUAAAAAUGAUCCGGAAACACUUUUGACCCAGUCCCUUAAUCACGUUAAACUCCUGGAUAGGACCACAUUUUUUACACCAAAAGAAAAUGACACUAUAUCUACAGAACAUUCAAUCAAAUUAAUUUUACCUUAUAAUCACGAAUAUAAAAAAAUUGAACAAAUCAUUAAUAAACACUGACAUAUGGUUAAACAGGAUAAAGACAUAGGAGGAUUGCUGCCAGACCAAGCUCCUAUCGUAUAUAUAAAAAAGCCCCGAAUUUGGGGAUAACGAUUGCACCAAGUAUCAAACCCCCCAUAAAAACCCACAAUUUGUCUGAGACUUGGUUAAACACAAAAGGAUUUUUUAGAUGUGGAAUAUGCCUCAACUGUGUGAAGGUGAAGGGCCCUAAAAAAACGAUAGAAAUUUCAUCAUGUACCACUGAUUUCAAAUGGACUAUUAAAGAACACAUCUCGUGUCACACAAGUUGAGUACUAUAUCUGAUACAGUGUGGAUGUAUGAAGCAAUACAUUGGGAGAACAAAAAGACCACUAAAAGUCAGAAUUGCUGAACAUUUAACAAAUAUAAAAUAUGGAAAUUUAAAACAUCCUUUAUCAGCUCAUUUUGCAAAAUUCCAUAAUAAAGAAAUUACUACUUUCUUUUAUACAGGUCUACAAACUAUUAAGAAAGAUUGGAGAGGAGGUAGCUUCAUUGAUAAAAUGUCUAAGGCCGAAAGUCAGAAGAUUUAUGAAUUUAACUCUAGAGCCGAAUGGCCUGAAUUCAAACUUUGAACUUUUUGGAUUUCCGUAGAGUGUGUCUCGCUCUCCCCAUGAGGGCCCCCUUCCUUGUUCAUCAUAGGGGCACCCAUCGGGGAGCUGGACCCACCCUAUUUUGCUCUGCGCUCCAAUUU